GUCUCCUUAAAUGACACUGUGUUCAGUUUCACACUCUCAGAUGGAGACACAGUGAAAUUUGAGUUUUAUCAGGGACAAAUGUUGCUUUUUUUUAGUCAUGCAUAGGCUCACAACGACUUACGAGACACUACCUCUGUUAAAGGUUUCCAUUUCCUCUCAUAGUGGCAGGAGCAGUAAGUCUACACUGUGGAGCUCCAUCCUGAAGAUGAUUCCUCACAUGGCACUGUGCAAAUUCUUUCCUCUGGUUCUCAUUGGGGUAGUGGUGUUUGCCUGGACUGUGACUGGGAUCAUCGGAGACCCUCUGUACGACUGUCUCCAGGACACAGACUACAGUGAGCUUCUCAAUAUUGUGGAAAAGGGGCUUCCUGCCACCAAGACCCCUCGUCAUGUGGCUAUCAUUGGCGGAGGCAUCGCAGGACUGACAGCUGCAAAGUUUUUAGAAGACGCCGGCCACAAGGUGACAAUAAUAGAAGCCAGUAACCGUGUUGGAGGACGUGUUGAGACCUUCAGGAACAGAAGAGAGGGCUGGUACGCAGAAGUGGGCGCCAUGAGGAUCCCCAGCUUUCAUAAAAUCCUUCUGUCUUUCAUCUCAAAGUUGCAAAUUUCCCUGAACCCCUUUAUCCAAGAUGACAUCAACACCUAUUAUUUAGUAAAUGGAGUGCUGCAGAAAACCUAUGCUGUGGAAAACAACCCAAGCGUGCUGAACUACACUUUGAAUGAAAGAGAGAGGGGGAAGUCCGCUGCCCAGCUCUUCACCCAGUCUCUGUGGAAGGUGAGGGAUGACCUUAAGGCAAUUGGCUGCAGUGCCAUGUUGGAUAAAUAUGACUCCUACACUGUGAAGGAGUAUCUGGUGAAGGAGGGUAACCUGAGUCGUGGUGCCCUGAGGAUGAUCGGGGAUAUUCUGAAUGAAAACAGUCUCUUUUACACAUCACUAGUAGAGAUGCUGUACAUUCAGUCUGACAUCAAUGACAACACGGAGUACUUUGAAGUGACAGAUGGCUUUGACCACAUCCCUCGGGCUUUCUACAACAUCUUAAAUGCUACUAUUCUUCUCAACUCCAAAGUCAAACUCAUCAACCAAACAGGAAGCAAUGUAACCGUAACGUACCAGGACUGGCGUAAUUCAGGCUUGCUGACCAACCUAACUGUGGACUAUGCCCUCGUCACCACCACAGCCAAGGCCGCCCUCUUCAUAGACUUCCUGCCCCCUCUGUCUGGGGACAAGAUGGAGGCUCUGCGCUCAGUUCACUAUGCCAGCUCCACUAAGGUGGUACUCAGCUUCAGGGAACGCUUCUGGGAGAAAGAAGGCAUCAGAGGAGGGAAGAGCAUCACUGACCGGCCUUCUCGCUUCAUCUAUUACCCCAGCCACAGCUUUCCUGGUACAAUCGGCGGCGCCCUGCUGGCAUCCUACACCUGCUCCGAUGAUUCCACGCUCUUCCAGGGGAUGAACGAUGAUGAGUUGAUGGCUGUUGUAUUGGAGGAUUUGGUGAAGAUUCACGGAGAGGACAUCAGGCUUCUGUGGACAGGAGGACUGGUGAAGAAGUGGGGCUUGGACCCUUAUAGUCUUGGAGCCUUCACCCUGUUCACACCCUACCAGCAGGGACACUACGCCAGGGAACUGUUCCAGAGCGAGGGACGGGUGCACUUUGCAGGAGAGCACACAGCCACGCCUCAUGGGUGGAUAGAAACUGCCAUGAAGUCUGCUCUCAGGGCAGUUAAGAACAUUAACAGCCUCACACUCUAGUUUUUUGGUGCAGAAAAUAUUUUUUUAAAUACUGUGUUUCAACAUGUUUUAAUCUUUUAUCAAAUUUUACUGUAAUGUUGAUUUACAGCAGUCCUUCCCAAACUUACAAAAACAUGAAGAACCUUUCACUACAACUAACAUCAAUGGACAACAGAUCAGUUACAUGAUUACAGCUCCAACUGAAAUCUAUACCAGUGACAAAAUGUUAGAAUAGGGAAUGUUAAUUGUGAUGCAUCAUGGGGCAAAACUGUCACUUUAUAGUGUUUAAUAUUUGCUGGUCUGUAUUAGUAGAAUUUGACUUGAAGUCUCAGAAAUAAUCAAAAAUAUGUGGCAAAUGGACGUACUCCUAACAGACUCUUGAAGCUUUUUUGUCAGAGUAAUUACUAUGACUAACACAGAGCUCUUCUUCUGUCUAGUAUUCAAGCUGUUCAAGCUUCUCACAUGCAGCAUAAAUAUUAAAACUAAAACAUGAUGAACUGAACUGUAAACAUGAUAGAAAAGAACACAGAACUAAAAUAGAUAACAGAAUAUGUAACGGAAUAAUAAUAAUUCCUAUACAGUGAUUUAAAAAAAAAAAAAAAAAAA